UGAUCCACCCCACCCAUGUGACAUCUGACAUUUAAUGUGAAAUUUUAAUUUUCUUUUCGCUGGAACUUGUGAGUAAUUUUGGAUUUGUUUCCUUCAAAGUACCGGUUUUAAUAGUGAACAACAGCGUAUCUGUGUAAUUUAAAUAUUUCUCGUCACUCACUACCACUUGCUGCAGUGUUUAAGCACGUAAACUAUGGAUAAAAACCAAAUAAUCGAGCAGAAGGUGCUGGAGGUCUCCAAAAGAUUGGAAAAAGAGGUCGAUGCUGCUAUUGAUCAAAUUGACAACCUUGACAUAAACGAUUUGGAGCAGUUACGGAAACAGCGUAUCCAGGAAUACAAAGCUCAACAGGGCAAACGGCAGCACUGGUUGCAAAGCGGGCACGGUUCCUACGAGCAGUUGUAUGAGGAGAAAAUGUUUUUCGAUAUUAUUAAAAAAUCCGACAACGUCGUAAUACACUUUUUCACCCCGACGAAUACUCGUUCCCCUAUUUUAGACAAACACUUGAAGAUACUCGCACCGAAACACGUCGAGACAAAAUUCGUGUCAUUGAAUGCGGAAAAAUGCCCGUUUCUCGCCGCACGCUUGCAAAUUAAAACCAUUCCGACUUUAGUAUGCAUUCAAAAAAGUAUCAUGAUCGACAAAGUUGUGGGAUUUACUUCUCUGGGGAAUACGGACGAUUUCACAACGGACGUGUUAGAAUGGCGUCUGGCGCAAAAUAAUAUUCUCGAUUACGAAGGGGAUCUAUCGGUGAUGCCUACUGGAAACGAGAAGAAGGAAAAGGUCACGAAAAGAAGUAUACGCGAUGGUAUUUUCACAAACCAGUCCGAUGACGAUUUAGAACAAGACGAUUAUUCGAAGCACUUUGAAGGACGUGGUGAUAAUAUGUGUCAUUUCAAUACUGAUUAUAACAAAGUCAAUCAGAAUUAUCUCACCCCUGAAGAAGAACUAGAGUUAGGUAUUAGUGAUGAUGAAAAUGAGAAGAAGUGAUGUUGAUCUUUAAAGAAAUAUUUAUUCUUUGUAUUGUUUUUUACAGCUUUUUAAUAAAUUCACCUGCUUUUUUUUAUUCAA